AUGUUAUAUUCAUGGCCUAGUCAUGUUGAAACAUCUUUAGAAAUUAAAAAAUUCAUCCAAGAUAAUAUUUAUUGUUCGCCUGCUGAAAUUUGUCACCAGAUUUGUGAAAAUCAAAUUAAUGGAUAUGAAUAUAUAAAAUCUCGAAAGCAAUAUUGCCGACAUUCAGAUUCUUUAUUGUCAUCAAAGCUUUUAUUAGAAGAAUUUAAUUUGGAAAUUAUAGUAGAUCAUCUCAAUUUACCUAUUCCUGCUCUUGGAUUUUUGACGACAUUGUUUUAUCGAUUAAUUCAUA